AUGACCACCCUCCAACACCCAACGCUCAAAGAUCCAAGCAACGCAACCCGCUCAACCCCAACAAUCACCCCAGAAGCCGCAGUCCUCCACAUCGGCAGCUCCACCUUCAUCGACGCCCCAGCAGCCAAAGUAUGGGAGACCUUAACAAACACCUCAACCUGGCCAGCCUGGAACUCCUUCGUACCUCGCGUAACCAUCCGCUCCCAGCCCUCCAACACAACCAAUGCCACCAAUGAUACCACCGACCUCUCCCCAGUCUUCCAAAAAGACACCCGCUUCAUCCUCCACGUCCGCAUGGACCCUACCUCAACCUCCGAAAAGCCCCAAGCGUCGACAGACGUCUACGGCCGCGUAACAGAGAGCACAGCACCUAAUGCUGAGACGGGCGAAAAUGGCCGCAUCGUUUGGGGCGUUGACCCUGAUGCGCCGGGCGCGUAUUCGCCGUCCAUGCUGAAGGCGGAGCGGGUCCAUGAGGUCACAGCUGUUGAGGGCGGGACUGAGGUGAGGAAUUGGGAGGCGCAGACUGGCUGGCUUGUUUAUAUUGUAAAGGUGAUGUAUAAGGAGCGACUGAGGGCUAAUUUCCAGUUGUGGGUUGAUGAUUUGACCCGAUAUGUUACCCUUCUGACUAAAGAUGCAUCCGGUGGGGAGAAUAUCGAUGCUGGUGGAACUGACGAUCCGGUGGAGGAGGGUGUGACCUCUGCCUGA